AUGAAGUUUAUUACAUUUGGUUUGUUAUUGCUGUCUUUGCUUACCUUGGUGACACCGAAAGAAGUUACUGGUAUUUUCACUUCUUUUGAUUCAUUAACAUGGAACGAACAAACUACCCCUUUUAGUAGUCCUGCUAGUCCAACCUGGAGAGCAACUUUAGGUUGGUCAUUGGAUGGUACUAAACUCAACCAAGGUGAUACUUUCACUUUAACAAUGCCUUGUGUCUUCAAGUUCAUCACUGAUCAAACUACCAUUGAUUUAAUGGCAAAUGGUGUAAGCUAUGCUACCUGUACUUUUCAUGCUGGUGAAGAAUUUACCACUUUCUCAACUGUUGCCUGUGUCGUCAAUGACGCUUUGAAAUCAAAUAUGCAAGUUACUGGUUCUGUUACAAUUCCAUUUACUUUUAAUGUUGGUGGUACUGGUACUUCAGUUAGUUUAGAGGAUUCCACUUGCUAUACCGCUGGUAAGAACACUGUUAUUUUCAAGGAUGGUGAUAACGAGCUUUCAACCAUAGCAAACUUUGAACCUACAGAUGCAUCCAGAACUGAAUUAAUUACUAAUGCUAGAUCGAUUCCUUCAAUUAAAAGAACCAGUCAUGUUAUUAUUGCUCCAGAUUGUCCUAGCGGUUACAAGAGUGGUACUAUAACUUUUGACACAAAUAAUGGUGCUGACAUUGACUGUGGUCAGACUCACGUUGGUAUGACGAAUUUUAUCAAUCCAUGGAACUACCCAACUAAUUCAGAACAAAAUUUUUCAAAGCAACCAACAUGUACUAAAGGAAAAUAUACUCUUUCAUUUCAAGAUGUUCCUGCUGGAUAUAGACCAUUCUUCGAUGUUUUGGUGAAGCCUACUGGUAAAAUGACGUUUUAUUACAACUCGGAUCUUGUCUGUGCCGACGGUACAACCUAUAAAAAGGGUCUUGCAUGGGAUUGGGGUUCGUAUCAGAAUGAUGUUGCUGAUAGCAGUGGUGAUGUUAUAGUAAUAACUACAAGAACAGGAACACAAACUACAACUGCUGUUACCACUUUGCCAUUCGAUCCAAGUAAAGACCAUACUAAAACAAUUGAAGUUAUUGAACCAAUUCCAACAACAACAAUCACUACUUCAUACCUUGGUAUCACAACUUCUUAUACUACAAUCUCAGGCACUGUUGGUGGAACUGCUACUGUUAUCGUUGAUGAACCAUAUCAUUCCACAACUACUGUUUAUACAUCUUGGACUGGAGUGGGAACCACUUCAUACACCAUCACUGCUUCCACUGAUUCAAUUGACACUGUUUUUGUUGAAACUCCAGUACCAAAUCAUACCGUCACUACCACUGAAUACGAAGACGUCUCAGCUGCUACUACCUAUACUGAAACUGCCACCCACGGUGGUACCGACACCGUUCACGUCAUUGAUCCAUUAAACCCAACUGUUACUACCACUGAAUACGAAGAUGUAUCAGCUGCUACUACCUACACUGAAACUGCUACUCACGGUGGUACUGAUACUGUUCAUGUUGUCGAACCAGUUAACCCAACUGUUACCACCACUGAAUAUGAAGACGUUUCAGCUGCUACUACUUACACUGAAACAGCUACUCACGGUGGUACCGAUACUGUUCACAUCAUUGAACCAAUCAACCCAACUGUUACUACCACUGAAUACGAAGAUGUUUCAGCUGCUACUACCUACACUGAAACUGCUACUCACGGUGGUACUGAUACUGUUCACGUCAUUGAACCAGUCAACCCAACUGUCACUGUCACUGAAUUCGGCUCUGUUUCUGCUGCCACCACUACCACUUUCACCAACCCAGCCGGUGAAACUGAUACUGUUUUGGUUAUUGAACCAAUCAACCCAACUGUUACCACUACUGAAUUUGGUUCUGUUUCAGUUGCCACCACUACCACUUUCACCAACCCAGCCGGUGAAACUGAUACUGUUUUGGUUAUUGAACCAAUCAAUCCAACUGUCACCACCACUGAAUUCGGAUCUGUCUCAGAGGCUACUACCAUCACAUACACCAACCCAGCCGGUGAAACUGACACUGUUUUGGUUAUUGAACCAAUCAAUCCAACUGUCACCACCACUGAAUUCGGAUCUGUCUCAGAGGCUACUACCAUCACAUACACCAACCCAGCCGGUGAAACUGACACUGUUUUGGUUAUUGAUCCAUUGAACCCAACUGUCACCACUACUGAAUAUGGAUCUGUUUCUGCUGCUACCACUACCACUUUCACCAACCCAGCAGGUGAAACUGAUACUGUUUUGGUUAUUGAACCAAUCAACCCAACUGUUACCACUACUGAAUUUGGUUCUGUUUCAGUUGCCACCACUACCACUUUCACUAACCCAGCCGGUGAAACUGACACUGUUUUGGUUAUUGAUCCAUUGAACCCUACUGUUACCACCACUGAAUUCGGAUCUGUUUCUGCUCCAACCACCAUCACAUACACCAACCCAGCCGGUGAAACUGAUACUGUUUUGGUUAUUGAACCAGUUAACCCAACUGUUACCACCACUGAAUUCGGUUCUGUUUCUGCUCCAACUACCAUCACAUACACCAACCCAGCCGGUGAAACUGAUAUUGUUUUGGUUAUUCAACCAUUUUCUUCCGUUGUUCCUGUUUUACCACAUAGCAGUGGUCCACAUUAUUAUAAUACUAGUAUAGGAUCCUCGUCUGAUGUUUAUUCUAGUGCUGAUGGUGGAUAUGUUGCGGAUGAUUUUCCUAUUCCAAGCUUGACUAGUAUGGACUCACCAGUUAUGGAUAUUCUGUCUUCAAGUGCACUGGUUUCUACAUUAGAUACAUCGUCAAUUGUGGAAGAAUCAAAAGUUGAUCAAUAUGUUAGUUCAUAUGUUUCAUCGGAGGUUAGUGAACAAAACUUUGCUUCUAAUGCCAAAACUAGUAGUGACAUACAAGCUAGUUCUCAGUCGCUUGUCAGUAUUGAAACCGAAUCAUCAAUAGCUUCACUGUCUAUUAAUUCUGUUUAUUAUUCAUCAGUAUCCAAAGAAUCCACUGUUACAUUCAUUUCCGAAACCACUGAAUCUACAAUUGUUCCACAUUUGUCAUCUCAAGUGAACGAAGGUUCAAUCGAAUCUCAAGGUUCUCCUGAAGAACAAUCAUCUUCCAGCGGUUAUGAUACUACUUCUCAUACAGAAGGUGUCACCAUUACUGUCACCUCCGAAUCCACUAGAACUACUGUUGUUCCACUCUCAAGUUCUGAAGUUGGUGACAUUCCAACCGAAUCUCACGCUGUUCCAGAUCAAGAUAGUAUCGAAGGUGCUUCUUCUUUAUCAGAUGCUGUUGUCACAACUGUUACUUCUCAAACUACUGAGACUACUGUUGUUACUUUCCUAACUUCUGAGGGUUCCAAUGUUCCAUCUCAAUCCCAAGGUGUUUCACAAGAGCAAUCAUCUACUUCUAAUGACAAUACUUCUUUUGAAUCACAAUCCAGUUCAAUUCAAUCUUCUCAAGAUGGCAAUAUUUCAUCCAGAUCUCAAGGUAGUUCUCAAUAUCAAUCAUCUACUUCCAAUGUCAAAUCUACAAGUCAAGCAGAAAGUUUCUCCAGAAGUGUUACUUCUCAAGUCGCUGAAUCCCAAUCCAGUUCGAUUCAAUCAACUGAAUCUCAAGGUAGUUCACAACAACAAGCAUCUUCUACCAGUGAUGAAAUUAAAUCUGAAGUCGAAGGUUUCUCCAGUAGUGGCACCUCCCAAUCCACUGAAACUACUUUUGUUCCACACUCAAGUUCUGAAGUUGGUGACAUUCCAACUGAAUCUCAUGGGGUUCCAGAGCAAGAAAGUAUUGAUGGUUCUUCUUCUUUAUCAGCUGGUUUUGUCACAACUAUUACUUCUCAAACUACUGAGACUACUGUUGUUCCUUUCCCAACUAGUUCUGGGAACGAUGUGCCAGUUGCAUCUGAAGGGGGUAGUGAAAUCUCAACUAAGUCUCAAGCUGUUCCACAAGAAUCAACUGAAGAUGGUAAUGAAGUUUCAACUGACUCUACUGUUUCUCCAGAAGUGUCAUCAACUGAAGUUGGUUAUACUCCAGUUCAAUCUCAAGGUGUUCCAGAGCAAGAAAGUAUCGAUAGUCCUAAUUCUCAGCCAAAUGGUGUUGUCACAACUGUUACUUCCCAAAUCACAGAGACUACUGUUGUUCCAUUCCCGACUUCUGAAGGCAACAAUGUUCCAUCUCAAUCAUCAAGUGUCCCAGAGCAAGGUAACAUCAUUCCUUCUGUCUCUACCGCAUCUACUGGUGGCAAUGGUUCUGGAUCUGCUUCUGGUCAACAACCUACUGGCGGUUCUCAUUCUGGGGAUGAGUCUGCAAGUGAUACCACUUCUGAGAAUGUUACUCAAACGAAUGGUGUUCCACCUGCAACUGUUUCCCAACCAUCUGGUGCUGUCUCUGGUUCUGUCUCAAGCUCUGACUCUGACUCUGUUUCUGGGUCUGGCUCUGGUUCCUCCAAAUCAGAUGGUGUUGCUGCUUCUACAUCCACUUCUAGUGUUUCUACUGGUCAUGGUGGUCAACAAACUUCCAAUUCCAUCCCAGCCAGUGACUUUGUUUCCAAGACUGUCGGUGAUGAUGCUGCAAUUUCAACCAGUGCCAACACUGAAACUACUAAUGUCGCUAACCCACCUAUUCCAUCCACCAUGGUUACAAGUACUAGUAAUGGUUCUGGUAUUCCACAAGUCUCUGUAUCCAUUCCACUAGUUUCUUCUGUAUCCAUUCCACAAGCAUCUGCAUCUGAGUCCAACCCAUUAACAGUUCCAACUUAUGAAGGUUCUGCCUCAUUUACUCAAAUUUCUUCAUUUAUGGUUAUUAUUUUCACUUUAUUGUCUGUCAUCGUUUAG